GUCUGGUUCCAGAACCGCCGGGCCAAGGAGAAAAGGCUGAAGAAGGACGCGGGGAGGCAGCGGUGGGGUCAGUACUUUCGGAACAUGAAGCGAUCCCGAGGGACCUCCAAGUCCGACAAGGACAGCAUCCAGGAGGAGGGGCCCGACAGCGACGCCGAGGUCUCCUUCACAGAUGAGCCCUCUAUGUCUGAAAUGAGCCAUUCCAAUGGGAUUUACAGCAAUCUCAAUGAAGCGUCCCCUGCUCUGGGGAGACAGGCUGGGACCAACGGGAGCUUCGCUCUGGAUCACAGCAGCAUCCCAGCUCAGGACCAGUACCACGACCUGCGAUCCAACAGCCCUUACGGGAUACCCCAGUCACCAGCCUCCUUGCAAGCACUGCCCGGCCACCAGCCUUUAAUCUCCAGCUUGGUUUACCCAGACAACGGUUUAGGCAUCAUGGGACAAAGCGGACAAGGGGUGCCCCAGUCCAUGAGGGUCCUGGCUGGGAACGGACCCAGCUCCGACCUCUCCACCGGCAGCAGUGGGGGAUACCCGGAUUUCCCCGCCAGCCCGGCCUCUUGGCUGGAUGAAGUCGACCACGCUCAAUUUUGAUACAGG